UGCGAAGGGGCGCUUUUUCGGUGCUCGCCUCGGAUCCCCGAAAUUUCAAAGCCGGCCCUGAGUACUAUCUAGUAUAAACAGAAAUAAUUAACAAGACCGUUGCGGCUCGAUAUCGCGUGCGUAAUUAACAAUGACAUUCAUCAGAUCACGCGAUAUCGCGGGUAAGGAGCCAACGGUGAACCAAAAAUCCUUGAAAAAAUAUGGAAUUCGUUAUCAGUAAACGUGUGAAAUUUUAUGUGGAAAUUGAUAAUCGUUAUCGAGGAAUUGGCCAAUGAAAAAAUACGAGAAAGUUUCAAAAGUUCUUGAGAUUUUCUUAAAAUGAUGCAAACAAAGCGGAGAGGCCGGUGCGCGUGCGAUUCUUCUUUGCGCCUGCCUGCCUCCUUUUCACGUGUCCCCGUACACACACGACGGCUUUUUAACAAGAAACGUUCACCAAGCUGAAAUUCAUUAACGACAGUUUAGAAGGGUCAGAGCCGCGACGCGGUUCAAUUGAUCCGUUCUGGUGAAACGCGUCUACCAAUUGAAUCAGUGAAUAAUAUCGUGACACUGGAUACCGGAGAUUAGCUGUGUACAAUCAGUCGGAGGCUCAAGAUUGAAAUAAUCAAAUUCUGGAUACGUCUGGUGCAAGCACAUUAAUUAAACGAUUACGUAGAAAUUCCGACUGAUAAAGUAUCGCCAAUUACACGCCAGAAUGAUUUAUAUAUGCAUUGAAUUUCUAAUAUAUGAAAAAAAUCAAUAGAUGAUAUUGACAAUAGUAUGGAAAAAACACUGCAAUGGGAGGAUUACUUAGUUAUAGUAGCUACGCUAUGCAUAAGUAUAGGUAUUGGUAUUUAUUACCGAUUCAGUGGUGGACGUCAAAAGACUAUGGAGGAGUAUUUUGUUGCAAGCAGAUCGAUGAGCAUUAUGCCUGUAGGUGUUGCGCUUGUAGUUUCCUUCAUGUCAGCGAUUACAUUGUUAGGUGUUUCUGCAGAAAAUUACACAUACGGAACACAGUUUGUAGUAAUUAAUUUAUCGUAUCUCAUAGGAACUCCUCUUGUUUGUUAUGGAUUUUUACCAGUAUUCUUUAAACUUCAAGCAACAAGUGCUUACGAGUACUUAGAGAAACGUUUUGGUAUAAAAGCUAGAACAAUGGCUAGCUUUGUAUACUGGCUUCAGUUGCUUUUGUACUCAGGCGUUGUACUGUAUGCACCUGCUUUAGCGUUAGAAGCAACAACAGGAAUUUCUAAAACUGGCAGUAUUAUUAUUAUCGGUCUUGUUUGCGCCUUCUAUUCGAGCAUAGGAGGCAUUAAAGCUGUCCUAAUAACAGAUGUGUUCCAAGGAUUGCUCAUGUUUGUUAGUGUUUUUAUUAUUAUUGUAACAGCAGCUAAUGAAGCUGGAGGUUUAGACAAAAUUUGGGAGAUAGCGCAAGCAGGAAAUAGAAUUGAAUUUGAUAGUAUUUCUAUAGACCCCACAGUACGACACACUUGGUGGUCACUCAAUAUUGGAGGUUUAUUUACAUUUUUGUCAUUAUACGGUGUAAAUCAAGUUCAAGUGCAACGUUUACUGACUGUGAGGGAUAUAAAAGCAGCUCAGAAAGCACUUUGGUUGGCAUGGCCAAUUUUAUCAAUACUUUCAAUUACUACGUGUUUCUCAGGACUAGCAAUAUAUAGUAAAUACUACAACUGCGAUCCUUUGCUUCAGCAUAAGAUAUCAUCUACCGAUAUGUUGAUGCCAUAUUAUGUUAUGGACACCAUGUCUGAUAAGCCUGGUCUAGCUGGCCUUUUCAUAGCAGGUAUCUUUAGUGCUGGCCUCAGCACUAUCUCAGCGGCAUUAAAUUCAUUGGCAGCAGUAACAUUAGAAGAUUAUUUGAAACCAGUAUAUAGAAAAUGUUGUGCUAAGGAAUUCUCAGCCACGACCUCAACGACUUUAGCCAAAAUACUUGCUUUCCUUUAUGGAAUUCUUUCCAUCGCUUUAGCAUUCUUGGCACAGCUAUUAGGUGGCGUUUUGCAGGCAGGUUUGACAAUAUUCGGUGUAGUAGGUGGUCCACUUUUAGGACUCUUUACCCUUGGUAUGCUCACUGAAACUGCGUCAGAAAUUGGAUCUGUAACUGGUGCUACUAUAUCCUUAGCACUUUUAUUCUGGACUGCUUUUGGACAGCCAAGACCAACUCCUCCAACUCUCCCAACGAGCGAUGCUGGUUGUACAAAUGCAACUAUCCUUUCUUCAGAAACACAAUUCUCACAGACAUCAAACGAUUCGUCUUAUUUUUACUUAUACCGAAUCUCUUACAUGUGGUACUGCCCCCUUGGAUUUGUGCUGACAUUUGUGAUAGGACUGUUGCUCAGUGUCUGUAUAAACCGUAUGUUUAAGAAGCCAAAAGUUGAGCUGGAUACCAACUUGUUCUUUCCUAUGGUAGGAGAACGUAUACGUCGUAGACGCGAGAGGAUUUUAGAAUCAAGCGAAGACGAUGUACCAAAAGAUAACACCGCACAGAGAAAGUACGUUUUUACUAUCAAACCGACCAACGAUCAAGAGAAUAUGGAUGAAUAUAACAUUACCAAAGUCUAAUGUAAUUCUUUGUCAACCGCCUUACUUUCUUCGUGUGGCGUUUUAGGUUUUAGACAUUCCAUAUUUAUGGCUGAAAGAAAACGUUUAAAUUAUUGUUGUAGUCUUAAGCGUUACCAAAUAAUGUCUAUACAGUUGAUUCUUAUCUGGAGAACAUCAAAAUGCCCAAAAUGUUUUUUGUUUCUUGGGCAUGUUAAUUUUAAGCACUGAUAUAGCAUUAGAAAAGAAACUAUUGAAUCUAGUUUGCGAUAUUGGUGCUUUUAAUUCAAUUGUAUUUAUGCGCUACUUAACAUAUACCUAGUUGUUAGAAAAAUGUCUUCCAUCCGUUGUCUCUAAACUGCCAUUUUAUAUUUUAUCUAUGUAUGCACAUUUUAUGGAAAUGUCUAAUUGGGUGUACAUUUUUGAAAGAUUUUGUUUGUUUUACGUAUCACAGAUGGUAAUUUAGUAGAAUGUAAAUUAUACUUUUUAAAAUUUAGCCAGCGAAACUUGAGGUUCGUUAAAGAUAAGAGUGUUGCAACAGGGAAGGGACUUGGACGUUUUAAGUUAUUUGCAUACAGUGCAAGCUAUUAUUGCUUAGUGAUAACAAAAGUACAAUACUCUAAUCACAGAAACAAGGGAUCCUAAUAUAUCUUGAGAGCCUCUAAAUAGAAGAAUAAUAUAUAUUUUUGUGAGUUAUGAAUGUGUCUCGUGAGAAACAAUUUUCAUAUUGUACAAAAAAGGUAUAAUAUCAAAGAAGGUUUUGUAAAAACGUGUUUGUAAUAUAUUAGUUGCUGUAUGCGAUAAACGUAACGUUUAAUUACCGUUCACUUUGUAAAGUGUAAUAAUAUCGCAUAUCAUGUGUACAUACUUUAAAUGUACAAUACAGGAAGGGUUAAUAAAGCACUAUGUGGGCUUGUGUGCAGAAUAG